AUGUCACUACAGUGUCGCAGCACUGGUGACUGCUAUAUUCUAUUUCGAUGUGUUAGUGUCGACUUGAUCCCCUCCACUGACUGUUUUGGUUUCUCCACAGCGCUCGACAGACUGCGGCCGGGGCACCUGUGUAGCGGAGACAGUGGCACAGUCAGUGCGGACGAGUCCGUUGACGCGUUCGUUGCGUUCGAUGUCGCAAGCUUACUAUUGUACGGUUGUCGCGCGAUUCCCUCGCGCCUGAAGAUCUUACUAGAUCGAUUGUUCGAUCGCCUUCUAAGGGAUCAAGUUCAGCAGAUACUACGAGCAUUCGGAUGGUCGAAUGAGGAUUACUCCAGAGGAUAUAUCAUACAAGAAUCUCAUGGUGGAACACUCGAUAGAUGGAGCAUUUGUAGUCCCGAAGAAGAAUCGGCCGUCUUGCAGCAGUUUUUAAGGUUUGCUGAGACAAGGCCUAUUGCGCUGCAGCAGCUAUUUGCUCGCCGUUCUCCGAUGAACAUGCACCUCGCUCCUGCACAGAUGCCUCCGCACCACCAGAAGCCGCCACUAGGCGCCUACAAGAUGUCCGCAGGCCCACCGCCAAGCCCAGCAAGCGCACCUGGACCCUUAGGCCGUUUGCAGAAUAUGCAACCAUUUGAUUUUCGCAAACUAGGUGCUCUCGCUUGUUUUCCAGCACCAGAUUUGGCGCAGCAACAUUUGCAAGCAAUGCGCCGUCGCUUAUCCGAAGCUGCCGAAUUGGGUUUAAGCCAUCCUCAGCAUCAUCACAACUUAAACCCAUUUGGUCUUCAUCAUCCGCAUCCAGCAUCAUUUCAUACAGGCCUUUUGCCACCACCAAUUGCUCCGGCUACUUCACCUGUGUCACCUCAACAAACACCAACUUCUAAUAGCGUGAAGUCGGAUUCGAGGCCAACAUCUGAUCAUUCAGAUGAAGAUGAGAAUUCGCAUAGCGCAUUAAAUUUAAGUAAAGAUGCCGCUAAUCGAAUUUCACGCAGACCACCUCGAACGCCACCAGCAAAAAGACAUUGGGGUUCCUCAGCUGGUGCUUUACCUGUUAAUUUAGGUACACAGUUUAUAAAUCCUGCAACAGGUAAAAAGCGCGUUCAAUGCAACGUCUGUUUAAAAACAUUUUGUGACAAAGGAGCUUUGAAAAUACAUUUCUCUGCUGUUCAUUUACGUGAAAUGCACAAAUGCACAGUCGAGGGUUGCAGUAUGAUGUUUAGUUCAAGAAGAUCGCGUAAUAGACACAGUGCAAAUCCUAACCCUAAAUUGCACUCACCUCAUUUGCGUCGCAAAAUCUCACCUCAUGAUGGUCGUAGCGCACAAGCUCAUCCUGUUCUGCUACCACCACAUCCGCAUUCGUUACCUCCUCAUCCAUUUGGACCAUUUCCGCUAUUGACACCACCGCCAGAAUUAAGACAUCCUCAGCAUCCUCAUUCGCUAGCAGCUCUAGAUUUUAAACACAAUUUAGAUCGCGAGCUGCAGCAGCGAUAUGAAAGAGAAAGAAUGCAACAGCAAAUACUCACACCUGUUGAACGUUCUGAAAGUUCAGAACCUCAAGGUCUUUCAUCACCAACUCAUGAAUUUGAUGACGCUGAUGGGGACGAUGAGGAAGAUGAUGACGAUGAUGGUGGAAUUGUAGUAGUAGCAGGCGAUGAUGACGAAUCGCCAUCUGAACCUGAACAACGUGAUUCAAUGCCUGCUCAAACGCGUCCAGACAGUAAUGAAGAUUCAUCUACAACCAGUAAUAUACCUCAAGACGCUGCAAGCCCACACGCUGCCAAUAAGCAACGGAAAAGAAAGAGCCAGAAUCCGACUAGGUGUGCUUCUUACCCACCAGAUCAUCAGAUUCUUUCCGAAGACGAAUCUGCGGAUGAGAUGAUGUAUACGGAACCAGUGCAAACAGAGCCACAAUCUCUCAUCAAACGUCGACGUUCCGAAGAAAAACCAGAAUCUUUAGUGUCGUCCACACCACCUGUGAUUACACAACCUGAACAAACGGAAGUUCAAGAUCUGUGUACAAAACCGAGAAGUCCUGAUGUUAAUGCCAAUGAACGCAUUUCUGCGACAAAUGUAGAUAUCUGUAAGACUGAGGAUGAUGUGCCACGCCCUAGUUCGGCUGAAAGUAGAAGAAGUGCUGAAUCUCUAGAUUCUGCUAAUGCUCUGCGCCGGUUAGAAAGCCUAUCACACGGACACUUUGGUGAAUUAAUGUCUAGGGGUAUACAAAUGGUGCCAACUGGCAAUGCAUAUCCUGCCGUGGGAGGAUUUCUGUUAGGUACCAGUCCGCCUAGUCCAGCACAUAGUCGAGCUUCAUCUCCUGAUAUUGAUGACGAAGAUGAUUUAGGAUCCAGUGAUGAUUCACCAUCAGAUGAUAAUAGUGAACAUCGUGUUUAUGGGCGAUUUGAAAAUGGUACUUUUAUUACGACUACAGAAAUACCAAUAGACAAAGAUAACCCACGAAAAUGCACAGCGUGUGGUAAAAUAUUCCAAAACCAUUUUGGAGUAAAAACUCAUUACCAGAAUGUUCAUUUAAAGUUAAUGCAUCGCUGCACAGUUGAUGGCUGUAAUGCUGCUUUUCCUUCCAAGCGAAGUAGAGAUAGACACAGUACAAAUUUAAACCUUCAUAGAAAACUUUUAUCUACAUCAACAAGCAGUCAGCAGGAUGCACCAGCUUUAGCAGGUCUAUUAGAUAAAUCACCUUUCCCCGCACUUCAUACAGAAUUUUUGGCCCGUUUAUAUGCGGACACUCAGAAUCUGGAGGCUUUCCGUAAUCAGCAUAUACCGCCACCACCACCAGGAAUGCUGUUUAAUGGUGAUCAUCGCAUGCAUUCUUCAUUACUGCUGCCGCCGCCAUUGGGUUUCGGUUUUCAUGGGUUAGCAGGUUUCAACCACUUGUUGCCCCAUCUGAACGGUUUAACAUCGUUGGGUAGAAGGUCAUCAGGUUCCGAUUCGCCUGUUUCAGCAUCAAGCGGCAUACCCGAUGAUGUGGACGAUCUGCCGCAGCCUUUGGCUGACGGUUCCUAUCAGUGCAGGCGCUGCCACGAACACAUGCGCGAUGCGACGGCGCUGAGGAGGCAUUUCGAGAAUGUGCACCCGCAAGACCUGCACAGGUGUACAGUUCAAGGGUGCAACAAAACUUUCAUGUCCCGUACCAAACGUGAUCAACAUAGUGAAGAUCGAAACGCUCACUAUCUUCAACAUACGCGGCACACAUGACCGCAUUAUCUACAAGGUGCUCAUCAUAUCCACCAUAAACAAUGCCAGUGCUACCAAUACUCAAUGUAAAUAGUUUUAAUUAUAGAAAAAGUGACUUUUAGUGACAUCAUAUGAUGUCCUGACUAAUAUUAUUAUUGUGAUACACGGAUAUAUGAACAGUGUACUUAUAUUGCAUAUAGUUUUAUUCUAAAGAUAAAGAUAAAUUGUUCUGUAUAAUUUUAGGUUAACUAAACGAAUGCACCCCAGUGAUAAUUUAUUUCUAGUAUUUAAGUUCAUAUUUCGAUUUAAUUGCAUUGCAGGGCAGAUUCGAUUUUAAACUGCAGAGUUAUAUAUACAUAAUGUGCAAUAU